GUCUCAGCCGUGAGAAAUAGUAACCGAUAACCAAUAUGCUAACCAGGCUUCCGUCAGAACUAUUGGAUGCGAUCAUCAGCCUAAUCGCUAGCCGUAGGGACCUGAAGCGCCUUUGUGAAGUCUGCACGCGGCUUCAUGAUAUAGCCAUUCCACAUCUAUACCAGUCUCUUGUUGUGUCCGCCCCCGAGCUAUCAAUAGAGGAGUUAGUUGCGACUUCGGAAUCUAUACCACGGAGAUACUUGAAAUAUACACGAGAAUUUGGCUUCAGUGUUCCAAUCCAUGAGCGAGUCGAAGCCCGCUGUGUCCACUACGGGCCAAUGGACACUUCAUGGAUGAUGCUGUACAGGAUGGACUUGCUGAAGUUCCUUCAGAUGAUGUGAGUGUAAACUUUGACAUUAUGGGCGGUGAGGAUAUAGACGAGGGCCUGGAGAAGGAUCAUCCGGUGGACCCUCUUGCUGAUUUGAAUUCUGCGUUGGGUUCUCUGAGGCUUCCAGAUAAUCAACUGCGGAGUUUUCGGUGGGAGGUAGGAACAUGUAUUCCAGAGGCUAUAUUCUGCGGCAACAACUCUUUUCUUGGAAAUCAAAGACAGAUUCAAUCAAUUACCUUAAUUACAGAUGGAGAAUGUGCUGCAAGUCAGAACGCGCAGCACUUGGUGAAUUUUGUCCAAUUCAGAGAACUACAGUCCCUGGAUUGGAAGGGUUUGAGCCGAUAUUACGACUUCGAAUCUGUCCGAGAAAGCAUCAAAUACCAUGGUCAUCAAAUCAAAUCACUCACUCUUGACCUCUUGAACUGGGCUCAUGCGGAGAAGAUCUGGGCCGACGGAUUUCGUCAACAAAGUCCCCAGCCCGCAAGGGUUCCGGACAAUUUCUUCUCGCAAAGAGUGCUCAAUAUCCACCCUGGAGACCAGAAGGUCAUAUUUUCGUCUCUGGAGAAUCUUCAUUUGUCAGCUGUUUCUUUUGAACAUACCGAUAUGGAAAUGGCCUAUGCUUUCAAUGUCGAACACCUAAAGAGUCUCAAGUUGCGGAACUGCCCAGGAUCACUCGACUGGUUACGAAGGCUGCUCAACUCUGGAAAGCCAAUGAAACUGAAAUCUCUCGAGUUGUCUCUUGAUCUCGGUAGUCUCCAGAAAGAUGCAUACAUGUAUAUCACGGAGACAAUCUGCGAUUUCAUUGUUCACGCUUCCGAUUUAAAUUGUCUCUAUUUGAUGCUCCCUGAGCCCAUUGACUGGACCGCUCUCACAGAAAGGCUGUCAAGCCAUCGUCAUCUCAAGCGCUUUGUGAUGCACAAUCUAGUGGAUAGAGGUGGUCAAAACCUCAUUGAUGGAGACAUACCAUGGCCGUUGCAUUUGGAACAUAUCAUACAAGGAAAGCAAUUGGCUUGCUUUGGAUCUUCCAUUCCACCUAGAAACUUGGCCACCCACUUGCAAAGAAUGAAGCCAAGGCCGUCCUGCAAAUUGGUACAUGUUAGGACAAGCGGGGUAGUCCUUGAUAGACUAAUAAGCUCUGGGCAACCGAACUGGUUCUCUGAGUCUCUUUAUACUUAUAAGUAUGGCAAAGAUCUGCCCUACCAACCCGAGGAAAUAUACGAUCUCGCACAGUGGGCAUUCAGUGCUGAUGGACUUCCAAACCUCCAAGUCCUCGCCUGGGGAGACUUUUCAUAUAGAGGCCGCUAUUCCAAAUCCAAUAUUCUGCUUUGCAGAUCCGACGAUGGCUAUCAACCCCUGGCCCCUUUCAACACGGUCCCUUGGGGUAUUCUCCAGGACAAUCUAGAUAUGCUGGCAGCCUGUCCCCUGGACGACAUCCUGGAAUGA